CAACACACAAGACAGCAAAAGCAGAAAAAUAGUGCGAAUACUUACAAUCUAUGCUUGAGCAUAUUGACGUACUAUUUGAUUUCUACAAAGAUACCAGUGACGAAAGUCGUUUCGCAUUAUAUCAAGGUCGCCAACGGGCUCCAGAAAUCAUGACCAACAUCUUGCUUAAUGGCGGGCUGAAGUACAACCGUGAAAGAAGAAAAAGAAAUAGGAAGAAGAAGAAGAAAAGUAAGAAAAAAGAUAAAAGAAGACAGGAAAAAAAAGAAAAGGGAAAGCAGGAAUAAGAAAGUAAAAGAAAGAGAGGAG